CUGCGGGAGGUCGCUCUCGAAGUCUCGGGAGGGUGGGCUACACACCCGGCGCCGGUCGGGCUGAGGGGCGUGAGAAAACCGAGCGAGCGCUAGGAGUCGGGAAACGGGGCUAUCCGCAGGUGGGAUGGCGGGGCCGGAGCUGCUGCUGGACUCCAACAUCCGCCUCUGGGUGGUCCUGCCCAUCGUUAUCAUCACUUUCUUCGUGGGCAUGAUCCGCCACUACGUGUCCAUCCUGCUGCAGAGCGACAAGAAGCUGACCCAAGAGCAGGUGUCCGACAGUCAAGUCCUCAUUCGAAGCCGAGUCCUCAGGGAAAAUGGAAAAUACAUUCCCAAACAGUCAUUCUUGACACGGAAAUAUUACUUCAACAACCCAGAGGAUGGAUUUUUCAAGAAAACCAAGAGGAAGGUGGUGGCCCCGUCUCCGAUGACCGAUCCCACCAUGCUCACUGACAUGAUGAAGGGCAACAUUACAAACGUGCUCCCCAUGAUCCUCAUCGGCGGCUGGAUCAACAUGACGUUUUCAGGCUUUGUCACAACUAAGGUCCCGUUCCCGCUGACCCUGCGCUUCAAGCCCAUGCUGCAGCAAGGAAUCGAGCUGCUCACCUUAGAUGCUUCCUGGGUGAGUUCUGCAUCCUGGUACUUCCUUAAUGUGUUUGGGCUUCGAAGCAUUUACUCUCUGAUUCUGGGCCAGGAUAAUGCCGCGGACCAGUCACGGAUGAUGCAAGAGCAGAUGACCGGAGCAGCCAUGGCCAUGCCCACAGAUACCAACAAAGCUUUUAAGACAGAGUGGGAAGCCCUGGAGCUGACCGAUCACCAGUGGGCACUGGAUGACGUGGAAGAGGAGCUCAUGGCCAGAGACCUGCACUUCGAAGGCAUGUUCAAGAGGGAGUUACAAACCUCGAUCUUUUGAAACGGAGUGGGGACUUCCUGUGUCAGGAGCUUGGGACAGCACUUACCCUUGUAACUGAUCAGAGUGCAAGCCUCAGAAUAAAGUGGAAGGUGCCAGGGCUGGCGGGCGUGCAACCAGGCUCCUUCUGUCUGGGCUGGAGGCAUGGGCAGAGUGCCAGGAGCCCUGCCGCUCUCCGCACAUGCACAGCGCUCCUCUGUGGCUCCCAUCACAGGAGUCGGCGAGGAGACCCCACAGGUGUGCACACUUCACACUCAGCUCGGGGGAGACUCAUCACCAUGUUCACUCGCCCAGUUUCUAGCCACAGUAACCAUCCGCUUUCUUGGGAUCCCUGCACCUUGCAUUCCUUUUCUGUAGUAUUUUUAAACUUUAUAAAGUAAUACAUGUAUUGCCACAUAUUUAUAAGUUACAGAUGAGCAGAAUGAAUCUCCCUAUAUUGUCUAUGUAGCCUGUAGCCUGGCAUAAAAAGGAAACAUGGCAAAACCGUACUGGAACCAACCUGAGAGUGAGGGGCCAGAGCCGGCCCCUCUAGGCCCUCUGGGUGUGGGCCAGGCAGAUGGGUGCCCCUGCAGCUCAGUAGGAUUCCAAGCACCUUUGGGGCCAUCCAGGACGGCCGCAAAAGGCAGGGCCUCAAUCUGACUUCACAACCAGUGAAACCCAUCACUGGCUGCAUGUGCUAUGCUAGAAAUGGCAGUUUCACUGGAAAGAUAGACCUCAUUUCCCAGCAGCCCGGGGCAGGAGAGAGCUCACUGCCCUGUCAUAAAGGGGAGAGGGCAGUUACCAGCAGAUGCCCAGAGAAGGGGCCCUGGAGAGCUGUGUCUGUGGGAACAGCCGGGACAAAUGGCCGGGUGCCGGCCCCACCCAGACACAGGUGUAAUUUGCAUGUUGAGCACUGUAAUCAGGGACAAAUACGUCAUGACUGCAAUUAAACCUUCCUGCUUUCUCUG